AUGGUCACUUGCGUCUCUAACUCUCGACUGAUAUCUCUGCCGGAUCAUUUCAUCCAACUUGUCCCCGGCCGGUUGUCCGAGGCCCAGAAGCUAUUGCUCUCCGAUCCAUAUCUGUCCCCGCCUGCGCGAUCCGAGUCGUCCACUCCUCCAGAGACGUCUAAUAGCGUUGGUUUUGGGUCACUAUUGGGUCAGAGAAUUGCGACUUCUGGGCAACCCACGAAAUUCGUCCAGUUGGACAAGCAGACGGUCAACAAGGCUGGCAAUGCGAGCAUGACGCCGGCGGAGGCUCAGGCAACGUUCAUCGGUCGGUCUCGACGUGUCCGAUACGUCGAACCCUUGCGAGGUGGAGUCGCCCGGACAGAACCGGCGGCUGCCGACCUCGACGAUGGCAGUCUGCACUUGCAUCUCAGAGACACCUCUUCGGAGGCGUCAGAAGAGGCCUGGCCGUCGGUGGGUUCUGGAGACGCAGACGCCGGCACACGAAGACUCGGGAAAGGUCGAGCCGCGGAGGGUCUCGUACGGACAGUCUUGUCGGGCGGACUCGACCCUUUCGGCAGAACUCGAGGCCAGCCUGUGUUUCCCGGGGCUAAGCUUGUCUGGACUCGGUCUCAGACGAAUCAAAUCGCCAGCAAACAACACCGACAAGAUGAAGAUGAAGCGUUUGUGCAAGUGGAGGUGCAAGACAAAGCGAGUAAGGCUUUUGAAGCACAUUUUACAUGCAUGAGCUAG